UUGGCGCUGCGUGCUGCUCUGCGCGUGGCCGUCUAGUUCUGAGGCGCGUGAAUGCACGAGUACACAGGCAUUAUCUACAUUUCCAGUUUCAUCGUCAAUUUACAGAAUGCGGAGGUGAAAACGGACGGUCUCGCCGAUCGAGGGACACAUCCUUGACGGUAUACACUGGUAUUAUACCAGUUAGUAUUGCUUUUUUAUCAUCUGAAAGCUGUUCCUGGGCGAGAAUCACGCAUGCAUUCAAACAGAGGAUUAUCGCGGAGGAGCUGCCUCGAAACCAUGAGCUGCAGUUGGGGGACGGAGCUGUGGGAUCAGUUUGAUAAUCUGGAGAAACACACUCAAUGGGGCAUUGAGUUUUUGGAGCGAUACACCAAGUUUGUGAAGGAACGGUCUGAGAUCGAACUGAGCUAUGCUAAACAGAUCCGGAAUCUGUCUAAGAAGUAUCAGCUCAAGAAGAACUCCAAAGAAGAGGAGGAAUACAAGUACACAACAUGUCGAGCGUUUCUGAUGACCUUAAAUGAGUUGAACGACUACGCAGGCCAACAUGAAGUUAUUGCAGAAAACCUGUCCUCCCAGAUCAUCGCCGAACUGAGCCGCUACACCCAAGAACUAAAGGCUGAACGCAAAUCGCAUUUCCAUGAUGGCCGCCGAGCACAGCAGCACAUUGAGAAUUCCUGGAAGCAGCUGGAAUCGAGUAAGAGAAGAUUUGAGAGAGACUGUAAGGAAGCAGAUCGCGCCCAGCAUUACUUUGACAAGAUGGACGCUGACAUUAACGUUACUAAAGCAGAUGUGGAAAAGGCGAAACAGCAAGCUCAGAUGAGGCAUCAGAUAGCAGAGGACAGUAAAAACGAGUACCUGACCUACCUGCAGAAAUUCAACAAGGACCAACAUGAACACUACUACACACUCAUACCACACAUCUUUCAGAGGAUACAGGAGAUGGAGGAGCGGCGGGUGGGCCGGGUGAGAGAGAGCAUGCGUGUUUACACCGAGGUGGAGCGGAAAGUUCUACCCAUCGUCAGCAAGUGUCUGGACGGCAUGACCAAGGCAGCCGAAUCAGUCGAGCCUAAAAUGGACAGUAAACAAGUCGUAGAAUCAUACAAGUCUGGCUUCGAGCCGCCGGGUGACGUGGAGUUCGAGGACUACAGCGUGUCGAUGAAGAGAGCGGUGUCUGAAUCCAGCUUUCUGAAUGCCCGCGGAGAGAGCAGACGCCGGAGCAGGAGCAAACUGUGGCCUUUACUCAAGAGAAAUAAGCUUAUGUCUUUGUUAGCAUCGCCCCGUCAACCUCCUCCCCCUCCCCCUACCUCCCCGUCCCCGGACGGCCUCCAGAACGGCCCCCAGUCUCCGCAGCAGCCCAAGGAGCCCCUGAGCCAGCGCCUCAAUGACUUCAUGGGCACCAAACACAAAAUGCACUGCCUGCGGAGCCUCAAACGCGGGCUUUCUCUAAAGCUGGGAACAGGCCAGGAAGACUACAGUCAUCUGCCGCCUGAGCAGAGGAGGAAGAAACUGCAAGCCAAACUCAAUGAUGUUAACAAGGACAUCCAGAAAGAGAUGGAUCAGAGGGACGCUCUGACUAAAAUGAAAGAUGUCUACAUUAAGAAUCCUCACUUGGGCGAUCCAGACAGUAUAGAUCCUCGGUUAGAAGAAAUCACUCAAAGCUUGGAGAAGUUGCAGUUUGAGGCACAUAAAUACGAGGGCUGGUUGACGGAGGUGGAGAGGAAGUUACUUGAAAAGGGAUCAGAGUCUCAGAGAAGACAGAGCAGCCAUUUUGACUCGCAGGGCAAUACACCUCUUACAAACAACUACGGUCAAAACCGAGAGAGUCCGGAUGGCAGCUACACGGAAGAUCCCAGCACAGAGAACACGAUGCAGUUCAAAUCCCGCAGUACUGAGUUUGAUGACGAGUUUGAUGAAGAGGAGCCUUUACCCACCAUUGGAACAUGCAAAGCACUUUAUCCAUUUGAAGGUCAGAAUGAAGGUACUAUAUCCAUGGCCGAGGGCGAGAUGCUGUAUGUAAUCGAGGAGGAUAAAGGGGACGGAUGGACCCGCGUGCGCAAAAAUGAGGACGAGGAGGGUUACGUGCCCACAUCCUACAUCAAACUCUUUUUGGACACCAAUGCCAAAGAUCCCUAAAAGUGUUUGGCUGGCACAGGAGUGGCAGGGCAAGCGUCCUUGCGUGAAACGUCCUAACUGUAGUCAGAGAGACGGGACUAACUGAAAGGAUAAUCCAUUUUUAACACAACGCCCUCUCGUCUGCCAUAGGAAACGCGAAAAAAGCGCUCUUUUUCAUGCCUAGCGUGGUGAUUAUUUGCAAAAAGCUUGCUUGUCGUAUGGACCUAGCAUAUUUAGCCGUGUGCCCGUAGCUGCUUGCCGUCAGAGCCGAGCCUUUAGGUUUGAGGCACAGAGUAAGUGCCGUCUACAUGUCUUGUUAUUGCCUGGCUUGCUUCAGAGCCAAGAGGAGUUUUGAUUUGGUUUGUUGAUUUGUUUUUUUCUCAUCAAGACAUUAGAACUAAUGAAUAUUUGUCAGUGCAGGCUGUUCAGUUAUGUGAAAAAUGUGGGGGAUAAAUGGGAGUUGUUUUAUACAUUAUAGGCUAAUACUGUUGUUGUUUUCAGUUGUUACAGUGUUUGCAAGGCGGCGCUGUAUUGAAGUCCUGCUUUUUUCUUUUUUGGCGCAGUUUAAUUUGAGUAAGGUCUCUUAAUUGAGAUUGUUCAUUUAUUUACCCUAGGAAAAGUAGAUUUUAAUGACUUUUUUCUUCAGUAGACUAUUAAAGUGGAUUUUUGUGCUGUACUUUUUUGAGAGUAAAAAAAUACAGGCAAAUCAAAAUGAAUAAUUGACUUCCAUGCUAGGAAAAACAAAUAGUAUAGAAGUCAAUGGUUACCGGUUUUCAACAUUUUUCUAACUAACUUAUUUUGAGCUCAACAGAAACUCAAAGAAGCUCACUAAAAAGCUGAAUUUUCAAUUGUGGGUGAACUAUCCCUUUAAAUUGACGUUUAGUGAGAGAAACUUACAAUUAUUUAUAACAUAAGACCUUAAUGAAUGGUCAGAAGGGAAACAUGAGGGAUUCAUUGUGUUUUUCUUGUAUUUAUUUAUUUAAACA